GUCUUUCGUUCUUCAUGAAACCUGCAGAACAAAAUGUACUUUAUGGAUCAUUAAAGAAGCAACGCGAAUCGUGUGCUUCUCACUUCAGCGUUAAAAAGCUGCUAUAAAUAAACCAAACUGUACCCGGGCUGCUGUUUAGAGGUUAAUAUUUGAGAAUAUACGAGAUAUGGGCGGAUCAUAAGGUCCUCCUCCUCCUCCUCCUCCUCCUAGCGGGACGCCUUUCACGAGCAAGAGGACCGGAUAACUGCUCCAGAGAACCGCUUCAGAGGACCUCCUCUAGAGACCUCCUCCGUAGAACCGCUUUAGAGGACCUCCUCUAGAGACCCGCUUCAGAGAACUCCUCUAGAGACCUCCUUCGGAGACCCGCUUCAGAGAACUCCCCAGAGACCCGUUCAGAGGACCUCCUCUAGAGACCUCCUCUAGAGACCUCCUCCGCAGACCUCCUCUUGAGUCUUUACGCGCUGUGGACUGAUGGAAUCGGCGCGCCCGCAGCCACGGCUCCUCCACCUCCUCCUGCUCCUGGGCUCCUGCGUGUCCCCCUCGGCAGCCUGGGAACUGGUUCUACUGCACACCAACGACGUGCACGCCCGGGUGGAGGAGACCAGCGUGCACUCUGGGAAGUGCGGCGGCGGCGCGUGUUUCGGCGGCGUCGCGCGGAGAUCCUCCGCGAUCCAGACAGUGCGCGCGAAGGAGAGGCACGUGCUGCUGCUGGACGCGGGGGACCAGUUCCAGGGGACCGUGUGGUUCAACUACUACAAGGGGGCCGAGGCGGCUCACUUCAUGAACAACCUCAACUACGACGCCAUGGUGUUUGGGAACCACGAGUUUGACAACGGGGUGGAGGCCCUCAUGGCGCCCUUCAUGAAGCAGAUCAAGUGCCCCCUCCUCAGCGCCAACAUCAGAGCAACCGGCGCUCUGGCCUCCACCUUCGGCAUCUCCUUCCUACCCUACAAGAUCCUGACUGUGGGCGGGGAGAAGGUGGGCGUGGUGGGAUACACGUCGAAGGAAACGCCCCACCUCUCCCAACCAGGACCUGACGUGCUCUUUGAGGACGAGGUGAGCGCUCUGCAGCGUCAGGUGGACAAGCUGCUCGCGCUGGGAGUCCAGAAGGUCGUCGCUCUGGGACACUCGGGCUUCACCGUGGACCAGCAGGUGGCCCGUGAGGUCCGCGGGGUGGACGUGGUGAUCGGGGGGCACAGCAACACCUUCCUGUACAGCGGCCCCGCCCCCUCCUCCGAGGUCCCUGCAGGUCCGUAUCCCUUCAUGGUGCAGUCGGCCGACGGCCGGCAGGUCCCUGUGGUGCAGGCCUACGCCUACGGGAAGUACCUGGGCUACCUGAAGGUGACCUUCGACAAGGAGGGGAACGUCCUGAAGUCCACGGGGAACCCCAUUCUGCUGGACAGCAGCGUCCCGCAGGAUCCAAUUGUUCUGGCCGACGUGGAGGAGUGGAAGAAGAAACUGGCCAACUACUCGGCCCAGGUGUUGGGAAGCACGCUGGUCUUCCUGAACGGGUCCGACAAGGAGUGUCGGUUUCGGGAAUGCAACCUAGGGAACCUGAUCUGUGACGCCAUGGUGGACAACAGCCUCAGGGGGUCCAACAUGACCCAGUGGAACCACGUCAGCGCCAGCAUCUUCAACGGAGGAGGCGUCCGCACGUCCAUCGACGAGCGCUCCAGGAACGGUUCAAUCACCGCGGAGGACCUGAUCUCCGUGUUGCCCUUCGGGGGAACCUUCGACCUGGUGCAGCUGAAAGGCUCCACGCUGCUCCGAGCCUUCGAGCACUCGGUGAAGCGAUACGGAGAAAACACUGGGGAGUUCCUGCAGGUCUCUGGGUUCCGCGUGGAGUUCGACCUCUCCCGCCCGGCGGACCACCGCGUGAAAAGCCUCGCCGUGCUCUGCACGCGCUGCCGGGUCCCUCUCUACCAGCCUGUCCGGGGGGAGGAGGUCUACAUGGUGGUGCUGCCGUCCUACAUGGUGACGGGCGGAGACGGGUUCUCCAUGAUCGCCGAGGAGAUGCUGAAGCACGACAGCGGGAGUUUGGACCUUUCGGUCGUGUCCGACUACAUCACACGGAAACAAAAGGUUUAUCCCGCCGUCGAGGGACGCGUCAAGAUCUACAACUCUGCCUCUGGACCGCCCGCCCCGCUGGUCGCACUGGUUCUAGUGGUGCUGCUGUGGACCGUGUGUUGGACCAUGUGAGGCAGGAAGAACCUACGGGACCGGUUCUUCUUAUUCUAACACACCCAACAUCCGUUCCUUAAAAUACAUUUAUUUUCGUUUAGUUAUUUUCAACAACGGUGGGACGAGUUUGGACCAAAAGAGCAACUGUGUUUUCACACCAGACGAGAGGAAGUGAUUCAUAGUGUUUUUAACCGCAGACUGAAAAUAAAAGUGAAUCACAGACUGUCCACGGUGACGUAGCUCCAACCCCCCCGAUCCUUCUCCAGGGUCCGGCUGCAUGUUGAUGAGCUCGUUGUUAGUCAAACCACCGCGCAGGGUUGCCAUGGAAACCGUUCAACGACAGCUUUGAUUCACCAUCUUAUCUUAAGCGAUAUGGGCGUUCCAGUUUGAAAGACUUUUCCUGAGAAACCACAUUGAAGUCACGUGUUCAACUCCCGCUGCAAAGGGAACAAGUCAUUUGUAUUUAAAGGAAUUUAAAUGCCUUUUUUAUGGCAUAUUUGCACUUAUUUUACAUUUAUGACCAACUGCUUUUUUUACUCUUUCAAAAUUAUUUUUGAUCCUUUUUAAUAUAAUUUCCUUCUAAAUAGUAUUUACUCAUUUCAUAAACAAUCGUAUGUGAAGUCUAGAAUGUCAAGUAUUCUGCCUCAUACUAUCAAAUGUUUGAGUUUGUAAAAUAAAAGUAUUGAUAUUGAAUUAAUGUCCCUGUUAGUGAACAAACAAUAAAUAUAUAUCUCUUUA